AUGGUCCUCUCACGCCAUGUGAACCCGGACGACAUUGUCCAGCACCUGCACAACUCGUCGUUGCGGGAGCAGGACGGCGACGAUGACGCGCGGACGCAGGCGGCGGUUGCCCACCUGACGCCGUACGCGUCUCGCUACGCGAGCAACGUGAGCCUGCCCAAGUACAAGCUCCCCAAGGAGGGCGCCGAGGCCGACACGGUCUACUCGAUGAUUCGCGACGAGCUUGACCUGGACGGGAAGCCGAAUCUGAACUUGGCUAGCUUCGUGGGCACCUAUCUCGAGGACAAUGCUCAGAAGCUCAUGGUAGAGAACAUUGCCAAGAAUCUCUCCGAUGCGGAUGAGUAUCCUGCCAUGAUCUCGAUGCAUCAGCGCUGUGUGAGCAUCCUGGCCCACCUCUGGAACGUCCAAGCCGGAGAGAAAGCGAUCGGCAGCGCCACCACUGGUUCCUCGGAAGCCAUCCAGCUCGGCGGUCUCGCUAUGAAGCGCAGGUGGCAGGAGGCCCGACGCGCCGCCGGCAAGGACGACAGCAAGCCCAACAUCAUCAUGGGCGCCAACGCGCAGGUCGCGCUCGAGAAGUUUGCCCGGUACUUUGAUGUCGAGGCUCGCAUCCUGCCCGUGUCGGAGAAGAGCAAGUUUCGGCUCGAUGCCGACAUGGUCCGGGAGAACGUUGAUGAGAACACCAUAGGCAUUUUCGUCAUCUUGGGCAGCACCUACACGGGACAUUACGAGCCCGUCGAGGAGAUUUCCAAAAUUUUGGACAAAUACCAGGAAGAGACUGGGCAUGAUAUCCCAAUACAUGUCGAUGGAGCAAGCGGUGCUUUUAUUGCCCCCUUUACCCACGCUCAGGCUGGUGGGCCCAAGUGGGACUUUUCACUCCCUAGAGUCAAAUCCAUCAACACCUCGGGCCACAAGUACGGCCUCGUGACCGCCGGCGUGGGCUGGAUCGUGUGGCGUGACGAGUCCUACCUCCCCAAGCACCUCAUCUUCGAGCUGCACUACCUGGGCGGCACAGAGGAGUCGUACACGCUAAACUUCUCCCGACCCGGCGCCCAAGUCAUCACCCAGUACUUCAACCUCGUCCACCUGGGCUUCUCCGGCUACCGGGCCAUCAUGGAGAACUGUCUGGCCAACGCGAGGCUGCUGUCCAAGUCUCUCGAAGCGACAGGAUGGUACACUUGCGUAUCCGAAAUCCACCGCCCCGCCGAGAGGACCGGUUCCGACGAAAAAGACAUCCAGCCCCUGGCACGGCGGCAGUCGAGCAUGAAGGAAGAUGCAGCGCCCGAGGAGGGCAAGGCGACGCUGGACAGCAUAGCGCACAGCGUCAAGUCGGCAGCUAAGUCGGUGACCGAAGGACGACACGGCAGCGGCGCCAACGGCAAGCAGGCGGCCGUGACGCCGGGGCGUUCCCAAGAUACGUCUGCCGACUACGUGGCCGGCCUGCCGGUGGUGGCAUUUCGCUUCUCGGACGAGUUCCAGCGCGAAUAUCCACACGUUAAGCAGGAGACGGUGUCGGUGCUCCUGCGCGCGCGCCAGUGGAUCAUACCAAACUACGCGCUGCCGCCCAACGAGGAGAAGAGAGAGAUCCUGCGCGUCGUGGUCCGCGAGAGCAUGUCGCUGGACCUAAUCGACAGGCUUCUGUCCGACAUUUGCGAGGUGACGCAGAAGCUGAUGGACGAUGAUGAGAUCGACAUCGGCGUCUUGCAAGGGAACAGACACAAGGGGCCAUGGACCAAGGCUGAUGUGAGCAAAGACGGGAGAGACCAGGCCAAGAAGGAAAGACAAGACCGGAAGAAGCACCAUCAGGCUACCGGUAGGACGGGCAGGAUGGAAACUGGCAUUCACAGGUCGACCUGUUAG